AUGCCUCGUGAAAUCGACAUCUCCAAUAUCGAGCGGAAUUUCAUCCUCGAAGCACUUCAGCAGGGUGUCCGUGUCGAUGGGCGGAGUCUCGACCAAUUCAGAAGCCUCGAGCUGGAAUUCGGAGACGAAUAUGGAACAGUCACAGCCCGCCUUGGGAAGACCAGAGUACAUGUUCAAAUCUCGGCUGAGGUCACAAGGCCUCUGGAGGACCGCAAGUUCGACGGCAUCUUCACUAUCACGACAGAACUAAGUCCUAUUGCGUCUGCUGCCUACGAAGUCGGCCGGCAAACAGAGCAGGAGGUGAUCCUCUCACGGACUCUUGAAAAAGCAAUCCGGAGAUCACGAGCCAUCGACACCGAAUCUUUGUGCAUCAUCUCCGGCGCCAAAUGCUGGUCGAUUAGAGCCGACGUCCAUGUUCUGGACUCAGAUGGUGGUCUCAUCGACUGUUCCUGCGUCGCCGUUGUAGCAGCAUUGCGACACUUUCGCCGACCAGAUGUCUCGGUGGACGGAGAGAACGUUACCAUUUACACGAUGGCAGAGCGCGUCCCGGUACCGUUGAGCAUCAUGCACAACCCGGUCUGCAUAACCUUUAGCUUCUACCAUGGCGGGGAUACCAUAGUACUGGAUGCCACACGCAACGAGGAGCAGGUGCGGGAGACAUCAGCGACCUUUACCGUCAACGACUUCGAAUUAUGUCAGGCCUCGAAGAUGGGAGGAAGCCCAAUUGAUGCGAUGGUCUUGCUAAAAUGCAUUAACACGGCCUUGGCCAAGGGAAAGGAGAUCAAUGGGAUCGUUGCUAAGAAACUAGCGGAGGAUUCGACCAAACGGGACGUGGGUGGAUUGAUUGCCGAGCUCAGGGCUGAGAAUGAAAGAUGA